AUGUUCGGUAGCUAUAACAGCAAACGGAACCAGAACAAGCCAAGCAGUACCUUGACGCUAGCACAGCUAUCCCGAGCUGAAGCUACACUGCAACAGGACGGUCUUGUCUUCCACGGUGGCCAGAAGGUUGCGAUGCUCAUGAAAGGGGAUCGAGUAAAGUGCUCUGACCGAAUCUUUGACGAACAAGGGAACGUUUAUAAUUCACGUGGACGUUAUCUGGGCACAGUCGCUAUUCUUGAGACAGAACCGAAGAGGAGCGAAGUUAUUCCGAGUGUCGCCACGCCCGAUUCACCUACAGCUGAGCGUGAAAAGUAUCUGCAGCAGAUGAAGGACUUAGACAGCGAGAGCCUCCACCAGUUCAAGGAAACUGCCGACGUAAAGAUCGCCAAACUCGACAAGAAGAUUCCCCGGAUGCAAGAGCAAAUAGGAAGGCUUGAGUCUUUAAUCAAGCGUCGGAACAAACGCUCUGAGGUUCUGCAGGACGCUUUAAAUCUCAUGAACGACGACCACUUUUCUACCGUUUGUAAAAGUUACCAAGAGGCGUGCGAGGGUUUUGUCGAAUUUGCAAACCGACAUCACAGCGAAGGGGACAAUCGCGAGGAAACUUGA